GUGCGGUAUAUUAUUUUAGUUAUUUAAAGCUACAAUUUUUCACAGAUUUACACGUAAAAAACAUUUAAAUACGCCCCCGCUCAGACCCGCAGUAUGGUACCAGCAACUAAUUAUUCAUUUUUUUUUUUUUGUUUUUAUGUAAGCGUGUUCAUUGAAAUGUUCGCGGUUAUAGAUCUCGAACAGAAUUGCUGGCAUUGCGUACGUGUACUAUUCCCCGGGCACGCCAGACGCGUUUGUUACACUACAGGGUCGUUUCAACAACAGGUGACAGCGAUCGAUGAAAAACGUAGCGGGUUCUGUUAUUCAGCCCGAUCGUAUAUUAUCAUCUGUCGCCGGUAUUUACUGUUGUUUUUUAUACACACCGUAAUAAUGCAUAUGCAUAGCAACGUACGAGUACGUAUGGUGUGCGUGCACAGGACCAAAGGUUAUCCAGUGAUCAGAACGUGAUGUACGUUAAACGUUCUAUGUUUUGUGUCGGUUGUUUGUCGA